AUGGCAAUGCGGAAGGGUCUGCCAUCCAAAGCGAGCAGGAAGCUGGUGAUCACCUCGGCCGCACUCCAGGACCACAUUACCCGCAGCCUUGUGCUUCCACACUUCUCCCCUGCAGACCCUUUGCUGAAGUCUAAACGGAGAGCAACUAGAAGAAGAAGGGAAGACAAGGGACUGCAGACCCCAGAUCAGCAGGGAGAGACAGAGUAUGUGCUGGAUACUGCUCCACCUGCUUUAACACUAGCUCAGAAGUUGGGUUUGGUGGCCUCCCCUGCAGAGAGACUGACGGAGGACGAUUGGACCCAGGUGAAGGCGAGGUCCGUUCAGCAGGGAGACUCGGCUCAGCCCUGUGCGAUCUGCAGGGAGGAGUUCCACCUUCAGCCUCAGGUGUUGCUGUCCUGCUCGCAUGUGUACCACCGAGCGUGUCUGCAGGCCUUCGAGAGGUUUUCCGGGAGGAAGUGCUGCCCGCUGUGCAGGAAGCAGCGGUAUGAAACACGAGUGAUUCACGACGCAGCGCGGCUGUGCAGACACCAGUGUGCCACCAGGAUUCAAGCGUGCUGGCGGGGCUAUGUUGCCCGAAAACGUUGCAGAGAGUUGAGGAAAUCCUCGUGCCCAAAAGACAAACAGCUGCGACGACAAUUCUUUGAAGCCAAGCUGGAGGAGCUGAAUGACAGCUUUGUCCGAUACUGUCACACCGACACGGAGGCUUUCCUGACUGAUAUCAACCGCUCGCUGUCAGCCAGCAGACGAGUGUUCGAGCAGCUGCAGAGAAAACACGUCUCCGAACCUCCGGAGAGCCACUGGGACCGGAUCCAGAGCCAGGUCAUCCAGCGAGGCGCGUGGGACUGCCCGAUCUGCCUGACUGCACUGAGCCUCCCGGCAGGCACCGCCAGCCAAUCAGAGCGCAGACACACGGUGCUGCUGUCCUGCUCGCACCUCUUCCAUCGGAUCUGUCUGGACGCCUUUGAGUCCUUCUCCACAUACGGCAGACCUUCCUGUCCCCUGUGCAGAUCCGUCUACUGGAGGAAGCUCGUCUGACCAGUUUCCUCUCCCCCCCUGCUGGAGUGAGAUGGAUGGGCGUUCGCUCCACAUGUCACCGAGGCUACCAGGCGCGGGAUAACCAGGCAGCGCCGCUUAAAUUGGCCACAGAUGAGCAAUUUGUUCCCAGCUAACGGCCGAGCGGGUGCUGUUCAGUCUUUGCCAACAGGUACACGAAGGGUCUCUCUUUGAAAGUUAAUCAUGUCGCUUUAUAGAAUGGAAAUGGUUUCAAUUCUGCAGAUUAAAUCAGACAACUGGGGGUUGCUUUGGUUCCCCGACAUGAUUGCCCCACCUGUCCUCUAGCAUUAGGGUCUGCCUAAUUGGGAUGGGAGGUAAAAGUCCCAUUAAAACAACAUUUUGAUGAAGCUUUUUGGGACGAAUCGAGGAAAUAAUAACUCCUGUUUAACCACGAGACUAAUCUAGAUGUAGUCUUUAUGCUAAGCUAACUAACCUGCAGCUUAAUAUGUACAGUUGAUGCACAGACUACCUUAAAAACUGCCUUCUUUCUUAUAAAAACUGAAUAUUUAAUGCCAUUUUUGGUCAAUUUAAAGCCUUAUAACUGAGCCUGUACUCUAAAGGAUCCAAACCUAGUCCCAGUCUUAAUUCAUAGUCAUGUUUUAGGUGUUACUGAGCCAUCCCUCGCCUCCUUUAAAGCGCUAUGGUGAGGAAAAGCCUCAGUGAGUGAGUGCAGAAUUUUCUAGCACAACAGGAUGGACAGUGGGCAGAGUCUGGAGCGCCACAGUGUGGACGAGGGGGGAACUGCAGGACCUCAUUAUACAUCUUUAUGGCUCUUUAGUUAAACAAAGUUAUAUAUAAAUAUCAGAAGCAGAACAGUAGGUAAACACAUACGAGGAGUAGAGAGCCGUGCAGAUAUUAAAACAGCUGUUUGAGCUAAAUAUCUCUGGACACGUGAGUGAAAAGGGAUCUAUAUGUACCGCUGACUUUACUUUAUUGAUCCAAAAUUGUUAGUUUUUUGUUGCAGCAGCAUGUUAAAGACAUUAUGCAUGAGCUAAAAAUAUGAAUAAAUAUACUGAAUAAGCAUUAUAAUAGACGUACUGCAUGUCAUAUACAUUUUAAAGCGUGCAAAAUUGUCACAGACUUGGCAAAAAUAAAGAAAAUGGUCCUAGAUUUUAAGACAUAC